GUUAAUGAUGCGUUAUAUAAAAAAGAAUUUGCUGAAAAUAGAAUUAGAAAACUCGAAGAACAAUAUAAAGAAGAUCUUAAUUCAAAAGAUUUUACAGAAUUCGAACUCAAGAAUCAGAUCGUUGUAUUAAAACAAAAGGCUAUGGAUUUAGAAACUAGUUUAAGAAACAUAAGCGAAAGAAGAUUGAAUCAAUCAA